CUCCUCCUUAAUUUUCGAGUGAAAAACUUAGAAAACCACCACUCUCCUCCUUGUAUAUACUCCACGCUGGCCAUAUAUAAUCAAGCUAGCAAUGGAACCUCGAUCUACCAACGAACAGCAUACUCAUCCAUAUCAAUUGCAAAAUUCCAAAAUGUGGCAACCGAAAGACCUCAUACUCAUCGCCGUCUCGCUCUGUGUCCUGGCGUGCACGGUGGCCGGUGAUGAGGCUGGCGGCAGGCCGCUUAUGAUGGCCGUCAGCAAGGACGCGGCCACCUCCCUCUACACCGUCCCUAUCAAUUCCGGCCGCCCGAUGGUCCUCGACCUCUCCGGCCCCAUCAUCUGGUCCACCUGCGACGACGGCGCCUCCCACGACACGCUCGAGUGCAAUGACAUGGACUGCAUGCGCGCGCACCGCUUCCACCCGCCCAACUGCCCGCACAACGGCAACGGCAUGCCGGACGCCGGCAACACGCACCGCUGCAAGUGCACCGCGCACCCGCACAACCCCGUCUCCGGCGACACCGCGUCGGGGGACAUGACGCGCGUCACGCUCUCCGCCAACGCCACCGACGGCAGGAACCCGUUGGGACCGGUGGCGUUCACCGCCGUGACGUCCUGCGCGCCGGCCUCCCUGCUAGCGGGGCUGCCGGUGGGGGCCGUCGGCGUCGCCGGGCUCGGGCGCUCCGGCAUCGCCUUCCCCGCUCAGGUCGCGCGCACGCAGGGCGUGCCUAAAUCGUUCGCGCUCUGCCUCGGGAGCCGGCAAACCACCGGCGUCGCCAUCUUCGGCGGGGGCCCGCUCUUCCUCUUCCCGGCGAGCCGGCCGUCCCUCACGGAGUUGCUUAGCAGCGGCACCCCGCUCCGCAAGCACGGGGAAUCGCCGGGCUACUACGUGUCGGCCAGCAGGGGUGUCUUCGUCGACGGAGCGCAGGUGCCGCUGGAGGACUCCUACGCGCCGCUCACCGUUGGCUUCUCCACGACGACCGCGUACGCGCAGCUGCGCCGCGACGUGUACCGCCCGCUCAUCGACGCGUUCGAGCAGGCCAUGGAGGAGCAGGCCGCCGGUGCGAGGGUCCCGUCCAGCUCCCCGGCGGCGGCCCCGUUCGAGCUGUGUUACAACUCUUCGAAGCUGGGACAGACGCGGUCCGGCUUCCCCGUUCCGACGGUCAGCUUUAGGCUGGAGGGCGGCACGAGCUGGCUGGUGCAGGGCGUCAACUCCAUGUUGGUGGUGAACGGCGGCGCCACCGCGUGCUUUGCUUUCGUCGAGAUGAAGGAGGGGGACAAGGCCGGCUACGCCACCGGUGGUGGUUCGGCGCCGGCGGUGGUGCUCGGAGGGCUGCAGAUGGAGGAGAACCUGGUGGUGUUCGACGAGGAGAAGCAGACGAUGGCCUUCACCGGGCAGAUCAACGGCAGGGGCUUCUUCUGCAACAACUUCAAUUUUACCGUGCCCGCCUAGUGCUUGUUUUAGUUACUUUUUUUUAGAGGGUUGGUUUUAGUUACAUUCAUGGAUCUAGUGUUGAGUGGUCAAAUGUUGUGAUCGAUCGUGUUGUUAGGAUUUCCAAUUUCCUUGCAUCUAUCAUUUCAUGCAAAUCUUUUGAGUGUUUGUUUCAUAUUCC